CGCGCGUGGACCGCGUUCUUCUGCAGUCCGCUGAACUCGCCCGUCUCUCCUGCGGCGGAGCCGCCCCCCAGGGGCGCGGGAAACACCCCCGCGUUGGUGAACAGUUUGUUGACUUCGCUGUGCAACAUUUCGCCCUUCAGGACCACUGCGAGAAUAGUGACUGCGAAGGCCUCCAGGUGGCGCUUCACGAGGGGCAGUUUGGAAGACAGCGCAGCCAAACGUGGCGCGGGCGCGGGAAACACCCCCGCGUUGGUGAACAGUUUGUUGACUUCGCUGUGCAACAUUUCGCCCUUCAGGGGGCAGACUUGUUCACGCACUACAUCGCUGGCAAACCCUUGGCCGACUGCAGCGUUUCCGUUUUGAGCGGAGCUCUUUUAUCCGCCGAUUUGUUGUUGGAGGUUUUGAAUGUUUCCAGAGACCUCAACAUUCGGCGCGAGCUGGUGCUUCAACUCUCCCGCAUGAGGCAAAGGCUUCUCUGCGGACCAAUUCAGCGUUUUCUGCGGUCGGGCGCGGGAAACACCCCCGCGUUGGUGAACAGUUUGUUGACUUCGCUGUGCAACAUUUCGCCCUUCUUUAGGGGCGCGGGAAACACCCCCGCGUUGGUGAACAGUUUGUUGACUUCGCUGUGCAACAUUUCGCCCUUCCUGCAGGUCCACCGCUUCAUCUGUUCUGACGUCCUUCGGUUCAGUUUGACUCUGCAGUACUGCCGGGAAAUUGCCAAAACAACUACUGAGGGGCCCAAGCGCCUAUCUGCUGCCUCUGCUGCAGCAGAAGUUCCUGAGGCCCUGCGGGGUGAAAUCGAGGAUGGAGACUUCCCAGCAGAUGAGCUAGCGGUGUUUCUGCUUUUCGGCAUCCCCGCGCGCAUUUUCUCUGGGGACUUUUCAGCGGCCACGAGAAGCCUGCGGGCUCUCACUCUAAGUGAAAUGGGUUGGUAUUUAAUUAGGGUUUAG